GGUAGUGUAAGGAGAAUCGUACGAAUUGGUUAGUUAAGUUCAGGUCUCUCUCUCUGUCUAAUUAUCUCUGCAACAAGAAAAAGUAAGAAGCGAGUGUGAGUCGCAGGGAAGCCGCAUCAUCGCCGAUCUUGAAUAAUGGGGGAGGAGAGAGACGACCCACAGAAGCUGAAGAAGAUAGCGGCGGCGGCUUACGACUACGAGAACGACCCGAGAUGGGCCGACUACUGGGCCAACAUCCUCAUCCCUCCUCACAUGUCCUCCAGCCCUGACGUCAUCAGCCAUUUCAAGCAGAAGUUCUAUAAGCGCUAUAUUGAUCCCGAGCUUCUGGUAGAUGCAAUGUCCGGCAACAGUCCUCCUCCUCCGCCAAAGAGGCCAUCAGCAUCGUCCCGGUCUACAAAUGACAGUGCAGGAUCAACUGCUAGAACAUCAGGAACAACAGCAGCAUCAGGAUCAUCAGCAACAAGCGCUCCAACUUCUCUGCGUUGGGAUCGCCAAACCAUUCAGUUUUCUGUUAAUGCUUGGGUGUUUCUUGUGGCUGUGCUUGCCAUUUUCCCAUUGGUGCCUAGGCACCUUUCAAAUAGAGCAUAUCGGCUUUCUUUUAUGGGCACAGCGUGUUCCUCUCUUUAUUCCAUGUACUCGCUCUAUGGGAAACCGAGGGACUGGAACUUACAGGGUUUGCAAGUUUACUUUCGGUCAAUAGUCAUGUCUAAAGAUUUUAUCUACAUGAUAUACUGCUUGACCUUUGUCACAUCCCAUCUUUCUCUCAAAUUUGCCUUGAUUCCCAUUCUAUGUCGGGCUCUCGUACAUGUUGCCAAGUUCCUUAGGCGCAACUUUAGUCAAUCCUCAUUGUACAGGAAAUACUUGGAAGAGCCUUGCGUUUGGGUCGAGUCAAACACAACUACCCUCAGCAUACUCUCUUCACAUGCCGAGAUUGGAAAUGGCUUUCUUUUGAUUAUAUCUUUGUUCUCGUGGCAGCGCAACAUUAUACAGACAUUCGUAUAUUGGCAGCUAUUGAAGCUCAUGUAUCAUGCUCCGGUGACUUCUGACUACCAUCUGAGUGUGUGGACUAAGAUAGGGAGGACAGUUCAUCCAUUCAUCCACCGCUACGCCCCAUUCUUGGAGACACCCGUUUCUACAAUCCAGAGAUGGUGGUUAAGGUAGAGACGGAAAGACGAGGGAGAAGAUUUAGAGGGGCAGUGAAUUUCAAUGGAAAUUUUCUUGAAUGCUCAUAAUCUAAAGAAAAACCUGAUGUCAGAUAUAUUGGAUUAGCAAACGUUCAUUUGGAUUCUAGGAUGGAUAAAGUAGAAAGUAUCUCCACUGAGGUUGUGUUGAGUUUCUAGUUCUACUAUGAACCAACUAUUUUUCUUAUUGAACUUUUAUCUUUAGUUCUGA